ACCAUAGAUAACUAAGGAAAGCUCAACCGCGUCACGUGAUGGCGGCCCGGGAUCGAAGUACCCGUAUGUUCGGUUUUAAAACCAAAAUAAGGAAAAACGCCUUGACAAAUAAUUAGGCAGUCGCUUUUUAAGGCCAUUUGGACAUAAAAUAGUGGUUCUCUAGCAGGGAGCUAAAUUCUUCUCUUGACUUCAUCCUGUAUGCAAAAUGUUUCCAAUUCGUCAGACUGUGGCCAUUUUGCUGAUGGUUACAAAUGUGAUGCUCCUCUCUGUCGUGGUGUAUAAAACAUCACAGCUAUACACGAAACCUCACUCUAUCGUCUUUAGUAACUCGGAGAUCUGUCACAAGGUCACGUGUAAACCAGGAGAGGGGUGCUGUGACGUCACUGCAACCAACAAAACCGUCAAUGGUUAUUUGUAUUGCUGUUACGAUGACUACGGGGAACGUAUUCGUAGUAUUAUGCUAAAGCAACUGAAGGACAAUUAUGAAAAGGAUAUAAAAAAUGAUGACCAUCUCCAGAGGGUGAGGAAAGUUGCUGUUGUUGUAAACGAAAACAAUACUCAACAGAAACCUGCUGCUCAUCUGCAGAUGGACCCUGAUGCAGUGUAUGACAAAGAUGAACAUAUCUCGGCUCUCCGGUGGAAAACAAAUGGGAAGAGAUCGUUUGUGAAAGACGGACUCACUGUCGUUGAAGAAGGGAUUCGGGUGGAGAAAGAAGGUAACUAUUUCAUCUACAGCAACGUUGUGUUUUACGGCAACCAGACUAAGGAACUCGAUUUCGCCAGACUUUGUCAUUACCUGGACAAACUCGUCCCCACGACAAGAAGGUCUAAAUUCCAACAGCUGUCGUCCAACCCCCAGUCGACGUGUAAAGUCCGACGAGGGAAGCUCGCCUUCGCGCCAUCCUACAUCGGCGCUGUCUACCAUCUGGAGGCCGGGGCCACGGUGAUGGUGAGGACGUCGUCGGUGGAUAGACUUGUCAAACAGCCACAGUCGACGUACUUCGGAAUUUACAUGAUUUAAUAGUCCGAGUAUCUUCUUAUCCCCAACAGCCCGGGCCGUAUGUAGGAUAAAAUAACUAGGUAGUUACUAGUACUGGGGGUGGGAGAGCGGGGGUGGAGGCAGUAUACAAAGAAGUCUCUGAUCAUGGUUAUUUAAGAUCGUCACCAGGCAAGCGAAAGAAAAAACGUCUUAGCACUUUUAACAAUACACAUUUGCGUAUUUUUCGGCGAGGAGGCUACUUUUCCACUCCCCCUCGCCCACUCCCUCCCUUCCCUCUCUAGGUACGACCCUGGCAGCAGUGUUCUCAACCUGUGUUCCACAUCUCGGCCUGUUACAGUGUUCUGUCUCACACCGCGGAUGUAUGACACGGGCAAUAUUACGAAUAGAUCUUAAAUGCCUCACACGGAGAUUCACCUGUGCGCGCUAAUGCUAAUAGCAUACAAGAGUAUCAUUUCAAGCUUGUUUUGUUUAUGCAUAAUAGUAACUCUGUAAGACGUUAAAUUAAUGAACAUAAUGAAUAUAAAUGCCUCAUUGCCAUCUAGAUAUAUGCCGCAUUGGACCCAGCCAAUGGUUAACCCCUAGGAAGGGGCCAGUGAGCGGACAUGCCCGAAUCUUCAAAUGAUGAUGGCAUGUAGUCUAGAUGUGGUUGGGGGAAAAAAAUGAAGAUGCAAAAUCAAAACGAACAUGGCACCGUCUGUCGUACAUCCAAGGUGUGACUUGGAAAAUGGAUUCGAGUUGCCACUGUACAUUAUUGGAGUGUUCAGGAGGGAAAACAUCCGCGUACAGUUUGACUAGUUUCCAUCGUAUUCUGUCCUGUCACAGUCAUUCAUUUCUGUGUACAAAAAGCAGUUUAGUGAGCUACCUUGAGCAUUCGGCUUUCUGAACAUAGUUCAUAUUACAGUCAUGAGCCAAAUUAAAUCUAAAUGGCAACAUAGUCAGGACAGUUUCACGAAGUAUAUUUUAGUAUGUGAUUAGGCCGAGAAAAGGGGGUUGAGAAACACUGCCCUACAUUACUUAGAAUCACAGUUAUGGUUAGUUCUUUUAGAACUGAAAAUGCGCAAUUUUAAGCAACCGCACGGUCGGUGGUUUAAUUCGUAUGUGGCAGGUUUCGGAUAGAAGAUUAAAAACUAUAUAUCUUCAACAUCCCGACUGCCAUUAUGACCAAUGAUCGUGGUGGUUAUAUAUACCGUAUGACAACCGUGUGUUUUCGGUUGUAAAUGUCGCGUUUUCGUUAUCAAAUUGUCUAACCUUUGCUGUGGUUUACAGUAGUGUUCAGCCCGUUUGAGCUAAAAGGAAACCGAUGUAACUCUGUAAUAAAUCAUGCUAAAAUAGACAUUAAAACAAAUUUCGUUAGAAUAUUACAUUCAAAUUAUAUACAUUUAGAUAAAUCUUUCUCUCUUUUUUUCUUCUUUUUUUUUUGGGGGAGGGGGGUAUUUGGGGUUUUAGGAAUUAUUAUUAUUAUUAAUUAUUUAAUUUAUUUAUUUAUUUAUUUAUUUUUGUUACAGCUGGAAGAGUCAAAGUAAAGGAAUUACAUGAGCAGUUUUGCCUUUAACGUGAAUGUAGGGCCUACUGCAUGUCGAUUUAAAUACUAGUAGGCCUAAUGCCGGUGACAAACCAUUACGACAUUGUUGUAGUACGCGGACUAGAGCCCAUACUUAUAAAAACACAAGAUUGGAAAAUCAAGACUUUAUCGAAGUGUCCAUUUGCUGUGUAAUUUUUUUGUUUUUUCUCCAUGCAUGUAGCGAAUUCUGCCACAGAAAACGCAAGUACGUGAAGCAUUAUAGGUACGAAAUCCGCCUGUCAAAUUCGGAAAUGUAAAAUGCCGCAUGAUUACCUAUCGCACGUCACACGCCGUGUAUUCUGAAAGACUUGGCGUGGGUUUCAAACUUGAUAUGUGGUUCUUUGUUUGUUUGUUUGUCAGUCCCUCCUCAAUUUCGCGAUUUCGCGGACGCGGAAAAUUAGCAGAAUUUGCAUCAUGGUGCAGAAUAUUAGUAGUUGUUCGUCCGUGGAACAUCACUUUUCGUGCAGAACACGUGCAGAAUUCAUAAUUUUAGGCCGUGCAAUUUGUCUUAAUUACCGCAAAAUUUUCGAUGUUUCUGAAUUGUAACAUUAAACAUUGAAUUUUAAUAGUGUUUACGUUCCAUACAGUAAUAAAUAGAAGCAUAAAGCAUUUGUUUCUUUUCUUUUAAGUUAUUACAGGCUGGUCUGGUAAGCGCCUCAUAGUUACUAACCUGCUCGGUGCGUAGGUUACGGAAACCGACGAAGAUGGGUUGUAAUUACACUUUGAUAAAUUCCACAAAUACGAAAUAAGGAUUCAGCAAUUCCAUUUUAUUUAAUAUAAAUAUAUAACAUAUAAAUAUCGAUUGUUGGAAUUUCAAAUAAAUAUGUAACAUUUUGAACAUCUAGUUUAUAAGUGUUAUUUUUCAGUUUUAUAUGUUGCAGAAUUUGCCGCAGAAUGUGUAAAAUUUUACAGCAGAAUUUUAACAUUUUUGCCGCGGAAUUCAGGGGGCAGUGGUUUGGUUACAGGUAGGUUGUUUUGCUGUUGUUGGGAUUUUUGUUUGUUGUUGUUGGAGUUUUGGGUUGUUUUUUAAAAAUAUAUUUCAGUUUUUGCAUUGUUCAUUAUAAGGCGACAUGCCAAGACAUCGGUUUCCUUUUUACACAAACGGACUACCUGGUAAGGCGAUGCUCGGACUAAUGUUUGAAAUAUAUCUGCCUCUAGGCAGGGGUCGUGGCAAUUUCUGGAAUCCCACUUAAAAAGUAUUUGAUGAAAUUUUAAUGUAUAAUUAAUGGAUUGUUGAAGUUUAUUUUGACAAAACGUUAACAGCUUUAUAUAACUGACAAUUAUUGUGGUUAUUUUCACAACGCUUUUUGUAUAUUAUGGACUCCAAUUAGAACCACGUCCUCGCCGUGGAGUCUGAAAACGCCCUAUAUUUACGUACAGUCAACCAGAACAAAAUUGAAUCUCAAAGGUGCCACGUCAAAGUUGCAAUAAUGUCGAUUCCCGCCAAAAAUAUUGAUUAAUUUUUGCUUUGAAACAUAAAGUUUAUACCUUCAGUUAUAUUAAAUCCCUGGCCCUAGUUUCUGAGGCACUUUUUUUUUCACGAGUCACUCGACACAUUUAAUAUUCUAAAAUAUUUAAAAGCACAUUGUGUUAACUUCUAAGUAAAACAUAAUUUAUUAUGAGUUUCUUAUUAAAUGCAAUACUAAUGCUAAAUUUCAGUUGGAUUAAUCAGUAUAUCCUGUCAGUUCUACUAGUAGAGUAGAAGACAUUGGGAUAUCAGUUCCAUGAUCUGCACUGAUUGACCAGUGCUGCAGUUGAUGCUAAACACACCUAUGAGGUUUGGUAAAUUAUGAGAAAUCAUGAAAGUAAUCGCUGAUUACGAUUACAUUAGCAUGUAAUCAAUUACGAUUGCGAUUACAUGGCAUUUUCAAACAUUGUAAUCAGUUACGAUUACAUGAAAGCAUAUCAUCGAUUACAAUCGAUUACUGGUUACACACACACACACACACACACACACACAAUGUGUAAACAAUGUGUAACUGUUAACGAUUGGGGCAGGAUAACUAGCCUGGUUGUAAAAACGCUCGCCUGAUGCGCGAUCGGUCUAGUAUCGAUCCCCGUCGGUAGACCGAUUGAGUUACUAUAUAUAUAUAUAUAUAUAUAUAUAUAUAUAUAUAUAUAUAUAUAUAUAUAUAUAUAUAAAAGACCCCUUGCUGCUUAUAAAAAAGUAUCCCUUGGAGUGGCGGCAGUGGAUUUCCUUUCUCGUAUGUGUCGUGCAUAACCAUAAUUAAUGUCUGACUCAAUUUAACCGUAAAUAAAAAUGUGUUGAGUUCGUCAUUAAAUAAAACAUUUCUUUCUUCUUUUUCAUUUAUUUUUAUUUUUUAUUUUUUAUUAUUUAAUUUUUUUUGGUUAACUGUAAAAAAAAUUCAAACCUGUAGGCUAAUAGCCGGGGAAAAAAACUGUACACUGUCUAAUAACUGUGUCCGCCGCUUUAAAAUGCUUUCGUGAAUUACAGUUAAUUCGGUCAGAAGCUUUAAUGGAGUGUAGCCAAUAUAAAGAAAAGUACUUCUUAAGAUAAAUGAUUGUGUAACAGAGGUAGAUUUGUGAUUCGGAAGAGAAAGGUUGACUGUACGUAUAUUGGGACGGCUAAGGGUUCUAAACUCAAGAAAAUAAAAGAAAAAAAAGAAGAAAAAAAAACCCCGAAUGAAUGUUUAACGACAUCCAAGGACGAAAAAUACAUUGGCUUAUGGGUGUCAAACUAUGUUAAAGGCAAAACAUUAAGUGAUGA